AUGCAGACCUCAGGACACUCUUCUUCUCUGCAGGACCCCAAUUCAGCUCCUUCACAAGUCAAAGCCGGGGAAUCACUCACCAGGAAGUCUUUAACACUGUCACCGAAUCGUCGCACAGAAACUGGCUGGAGCAGUAGUAUGGGAGACAAAGUGGAGGAACCUAUACCAAAAUUAGGCUACGAAGUGGCGUCGAAAACUGCUCUCAUCUCCCAAGAGAAGCUCGAUUCGGAGGCGAAAGGCGAGGAAAAUCACGUUCAAUUUGCUACUUACAGACCCGACAAAUUUCGACAAGUCAACCCACCCAGCCCACAAGAUCCAAAUCGCAAAUUCUUCGUGCCUUUGCCGCUAAGAGUUUACUUCUGGAUCCCGCUCGUCGUGUUUCUGGUAUUAGGUGCAAUUGGACUAGAGGUAGCAUUGCACUUCAGCAACAAAAAUCAAGGAUGGCCUUCCAAGGAAUCUGAUAAUGCGGCCAACGCAAUGCAUUAUGUCUACACCUUGCCUCCCGUCAUUGUCGCUGCCAUUGUAAUGACUAUGUGGGCGUGGACGGAUAUUGAAAUUAAGAAAAUUCAGCCCUACGUUGAUCUAGUCCACGGCAAUUCGCCCCCUCACCGAAGUCUUUUGUUGGAUUAUACUAGGCAAAACAACUUUUUGGUAUGGACACAGGCGGCUUCCAAUCAUCAUUAUCUAGUGGCGCUCGCUACUUUGAUGGUCCUAAUGACUUUAAGCUUCCAACCACUUGCUUCUGCUUUGCUCGUAGUCAAAGAUACGUGGACAGAAUUACCGAAUAUUGGCACAAAAAAUCUGCAGGCCAUAUCACUAAAUCAAAACCUGCAGUUUAACGACCUUUCCUCUUUUCUUGCUGCUGCGGGUUAUGCAGGCGCGUCUGUUUUAUAUAAUUUAGACCCACCGCCAUUCGUUCGUCUUCCAUAUACAGUUGCGAACUUUGAGCUUCCAACGGUAGUCUCAAAUGGGUCUGCAUUUGCGAAUACCAAUGCAAUCAAGAGCAACACUAACUGUCAGCCGGCUCAGGUCCAAAUGACACAAGUGGGUCCGGGAAGGUGGACCAAUACCGCGGUGGUUGGCGACUGCUCAAUAACCUUCAGUGUAUCCAACUCUACUACUGAUACACUAUUUGGCACUGACACGCCGAGCUGCACAACAUCUACUGUUCCUGAUCAAUUCAAUCAAGUCGUUUUCUGGUUCUUCUCUUACGUCCCCUCCGCCCAAGCCUCGGUCACAUUUUGUUCACCGACAAUUGAACUAUGGGAAGUCAACGUCGGGAUCGAUGUGGGCACCGGUAACGUCACUCAACUGACAGAGACACGCCCAUUUUCUUCAAGUUCCAAUUUCUCCUCCCUGUCGGCUAAUGUUACUGGGCCUCCUUUGAAUGGACGUGCUUAUAACGGCAUCAAAUUCCAGCUCAGCACUGAGGAUCAAUUUAUCUUGGCGAGAGAAAAUGCAACCCAGCUUCAACUGCCAGCUAGCAUCUAUCAGGCGGCUGUGAAGAGCCCUCAGGGAUAUGUCGGAAGCUUCGAGGCAGGAUCAUUUCAUGUUCUUUCUGAUCAGGUCUAUAGUAUAUAUCUUGCGCUCAUUGCGCGCCAAGUUUAUUUCCUGCCUGACAAUGAAGAUUUCAGCGUAAACGUCAAGACAUUUAGAAAGCACGUUUGGAUAAGCGAUGUUGCCGCCCACCUUCUUGCCGUGGCCAUGUUGAUUCUCGCACUCUUCGGCACAAUCGUCCACCUCUUCCAUCGCGAAGACCGUCGCAAUCUCCGCCUGAAGCACGAACCCGGAACUAUCGCAUCAGCAGUUUCGAUCGGAGCCUCGACCGGAGUCGGAAACGUCCUUGCGAACCGCCACGGUGAGGAAGAGAUGAAAGAAGCACUCAAGGACUUCAAGUUCCGCAUCGACACCAACACGAUGAAGAUCGUCAUGGAAGGCGAGCCGGGAUACGAAACAGCGGAGACAAUCACUACUCCGAUGACAAGGAGGAAGUCGAUCUUUGAGGUUCUGCAGAGGGGCAGACCGCUCAGGACGUUUUCGGGUAACGAUGCUAGCAUUUCUCCGGCGGCGCUUAGCCCUAAGAGCCCCAAAAGUCCGAAGAGCCCAAAGAUGCCUCAGGAAACCCAUAUGGCAUAA